AUGCGCACCCGCUCCACCCGCAACGCCAAAAAGCGCCUCGCCCCUCCCCCGCCCACCCCUCCACCACCCCCCACCUCCGCCCUCGCAGCACUCAUCCCAGACCCCGGCGCCCUCCCCGACAACGCCGCCCACCUCCAAUAUCUCCAGCAGCACCAGCAGUACACCGAGGAGGCCUCCUGGUCCGUGUUCAUCUCCCUCUCCGUCCGGCGCCUGCAGGUGCGGCGCUACCACCGGGCCGUGGCCGAGCUCCGCGCCGCACCGCCGGCAAUGAGUAUUGCGGAGGGCCGCGAGUGGGCGCGGGGGGUGUUUACGGAUGUGGAGUUCCCCGCGGAGGGGGAUGUGUGGGGGGUUGUGAGGGAGCAGAUACGGGCGUUGGGGGUGCUGGCAAGGGAGGCGGUGAGGGAGAUGGAGGCGUUGUGGCGGAUUGUGGAGGCGUGGGAGGGGGGGUAUGAGGGGUUCAAGGGGGGGGGAGGAGUGGAUCGGGAGGAGGGGGGUCUGUUGGGUGCAUUAUGA